AUGGAUUCUAUAGUCUCCAGUUCGACGAUGCUUAUCCGAUCAUACCACACUCCGGUUCCUUCACUUUCUCCGGCUUCCGCCGUAUCCUUCAAACCUCUGAGCUCAGCCCAGGUCGCGUCAUUCGCGGCUAAGAACCACAUACUUUCGCUCAGUUCCGGUGGUAAACGAACCAGGAAACUCUUCGGUAGAGCUUCUACUUCGGCGGUAAGAUGCGGAGGAAUCAAAGAGAUCGGAGAGAGCGAGUUUUCGAGUACGGUUCUGGAAUCGGACCGGGCGGUUCUGGUUGAGUUCGUCGCUACUUGGUGCGGUCCCUGCAAAUUGAUCUAUCCCGCUAUGGAAUCCUUAGCCCAGGUUUCGUUCUUUUCUGUUUUCUGUGUUGAUGACCAUGGAAUCCGUAUAUUGUUCAUCAAUUCUGCUGUAGAAUGCGAGAUUUCUGAGCUUGAAGAAUAUGGUGACAAGUUGACGAUUGUAAAGAUUGAUCACGACGCGAAUCCCAAGUUAAUAGCAGAGUUCAAGGUUUAUGGUUUACCACAUUUCAUCCUCUUCAAGGACGGGAAGGAAGUUGCAGGUAGCAGAAGGGAAGGUGCUAUUACAAAGGCCAAGCUUAAGGACUACAUUGAUGGACUCUUGAACUCAAUAUCUGUUGCUUAA